AUGGAAGAAAAAAGGGCGGAUCUCGAAAAGACUUCACAGCCCGAUGAAGGUGAUAUCGAGCUCGCCAUCGCCGAGGACAGUGUUUUUGGUGUCAUUACUGAAGAUGGCCCAAACUACCGCAGCCUCGGGUGGAUUGGCACAUCUAUUAUUAUGAUGAAGAUACAGAUUGGCCUCGGCGUGUUGUCAAUCCCCGCGGCAUUUCACACGUUGGGCAUGGUUCCCGGCGUGAUCUCGCUUCUUUGUAUUGCCUUUGCUACUACAUGGUCAAGCUAUAUAGUUGGUGUGUUUAAGCUAAACCAUCGUGAAGUGUACGGCAUUGAUGAUGCUACUUCACUCAUGCUAGGACCAAUUGGACGCGAAGUUCUGGGGGCUGGCUUUAUGCUUUACUUGGUUUUUGCCGCUGCCUCUGGUAUGCUGAGCAUAUCCAUCGGUCUUAACUCAGUUUCCACUCACAGCAUAUGCACUGCCUCUUUUGUUGCAAUCGGUGCGGGUUGCAUCCUCUGCCUGGCCAGUAUUCGAACUCUAGAUCGGAUCAGCAUUCUGGCAUGGAUAGGGAUAGUCACACUUCUUGUUGCCGUCUUCAUCGUGACCAUUGCUGUUGGUAUCCAAGAUCGCCCGAGCGAUGCCCCCGCUGGGCCUUGGGUUUCUGACUACAAGAUCAUCAACUAUCCAUCAUUCACAGACGGAAUAGCGGCUGUCUCCCAGUUUGUCUUUGCAUAUGCCGGGGCGCCAUUUUUCUUUCCGGUCAUAUCCGAGAUGCGUAAGCCUCAGGACUAUCCAAAAGCACUGGCUCUGUGCCAAUCCGUUGUCACAGUUACUUACGUGAUAGUUGGCAUUGUGGUUUAUUACUUCUGUGGAUCCUACGUUGCAUCUCCUGCGCUUGGCUCAGCCGGGAAGCUAAUCAAACAGAUCUCAUACGGGAUAGCUCUUCCAGGAAUACUGGUUGCCUCGACUAUUAGCACUCAUCUGGCGGGCAAGUAUAUUUUCGUCCGAAUUCUACGUGGGUCGGAUCACCUAGUUUCAAACUCAACUGUGCAUUGGAUGACCUGGCUUGGAUGUGUUGUGACCCUUGUCAUAAUCGAAUAUUGCAUUGCCAGUGGGAUUCCGAUAUUCGGUAGUCUUGUAUCUUUGAUUGGGGCUCUUCUGGCAACCUUACAGUGUUUUCAGCCAAUGGGUGGUAUGUGGUUGUAUGAUAACUGGCGAAACCGGGAGCGGGAUGUGAAGUGGGUGGUCAUGGUAUUUUGGAGUUCGUUCAUGAUUGUUGGGGGUGCAUUCUUGAUGAUCGGUGGUACCUACGGUGCCAUUGUGGGAAUCAUUGAUUCCUUCAAUUCUGGUGGGCAAUCUGGGGUUUGGUCUUGUGCUGAUAACUCAAACUCCGUAUGA